CUUUUUGGCCUUGACCUGAAAGCUCGCGGAAAGUACGGGUCGGGUGUCCACGUGUCGAGCAGCCACGUUGGUGGCUGGGGUUGGCAAGGAGAGCGGGUUUAGUGGAAUGGAACGUAGGCGCACGCGCACGCGCACGCACACGCACACACGCACAGGCACACACGCACACACGCACACACCCACGCGCACGCACACACCCACAUCUCCCACACACCCACAUCUCGCACUAACAAGCAGACGUUUCAAAUUUCAAUUCAAUCCACACUGGUGAGUCAGGAAAGUCUAAUGAAACAAGCGACCUCACAUACACACACAGACACACACACAUGAACGCAGAGGUUCAAUCUUCUAACGAGUCGCUGAAUGUCCGACGAGAUAGUCUGUCAGAGUGUUCUUGUAUUUAACGGCUAGACACCGCAACAAGAGAGAGAGAGAGAGAGAGAGAGGACUUCCGUGCGGAAUCGGCUAUAUCGUGCUAUGCGAUCAACGGUCCAUUUUCACCGCCGCCUCUUUCCAUGAUCAUGGCUGAGAAAGUCAGUCACCAAGCGCUCGGCAGCGCAGAGUUCAACAACCCAAUACUAGCAUCCUCAUCGAAGGUUGCUGCUGCCUCCAUGGAUGAUUAUGAUGACUACUAUGAGAUUUCCAAGCCGAGGCUGCAAGUCGUGGCAGGUGCAGUGAAUGAUAGACCACCGGAUCUGGACGUAGAGUUAUCAAAUGUGGAGAUUGCGGUGUCGGCUGCAGUGGCAGGCGCUCUGCUGAUCGCGGCGUUCUUCACGAGCGGAUUUUUGCAAAUGUUAUGCGUGUGGGUGGCGCUGUCUGUCACGAUCGGUCCUCUAGCCCCUUUGUCGCAUGUGGGCGGUGACUGUCGGGUAGGUGUAGGGGAGCCUGUGAUCGAACGGAAGCCGGAGGUCGUCGAGGAGGAGGUACCCGAGGAGCCUUUGCGAGGAAAGGCUGGACUGAGAAAAAGACUCGCGGCUAGCGGUGCCGGUGCUCGCACCGAGACGGUGGUCGCAGAUGUCGAUGGGAACGGCGAUGCGAAGAAGUCGACGGAGAGUAAAGUCUCGGACGAGGACUCCCACAGGCAAAGUAGCCGUCGCCCGUCGAAAAAGGGGGGCCCCUGGACCGACGAGGAGCUGGAAGCCCUGCGGAAGGGGAUCGCCAAAUUUCCCCGAGGGACGCUGAAGCGAUGGGAGGUGAUUGCCGAGGCGAUCGGCACUGGGAGGAGUGCCGACGAGGUUGUGAAGAAGGCGAAGGAAAUGGCAGAGAGGAAACCUGUCGACGGGCAGUCGUUUAUGUCGUUUGUAGCGCAGAGGAAGAAGACAGGACUGGAAAUUACAUCGGAGCCAAGCCUGCGGUCUAUGGAGGACAAGGAUGACAGUGAUAGGGGUGGAACACAGGGUGAAGGCGACAAAGAAGAAGGAGAUGAAGACGGAGACGGCGGAGGCACGAGAGAAAGCGACUUGUGGAAUGACGUACAGGACGUGUCCUUGGUUCGGGCGAUGAAGGAGUUCCCGAAGGACACGGCGAUGAGAUGGGAAAGAAUCGCUAGCGCAGUGCCAGGGAAGACAAAAACACAGUGCAUGAAGAGAUUUGUGGAAUUGAAAAAAGGAUUCCGAGGCGCGAGAGGAACUGGCGGCGCUGUGGGCGAACAGUCGAAGACGUUGGAUCUACAGAAUGCAUUAAUAUGAUGUCGUGUCUGUCGAGGGAUUGGCUUCUUGCUUUGCCACUAAAGUACACAAGAAUUGGCUCCUUGCUGUCCUAAUCUUCAAUUGAGGAAGUGCAAUUUUGGG